AAAAUUUGGACUUUUAACUUUGUAGUUCAUGAUAAUUCCUAUACUUUUUAUUUUCUGGAACAUGUCCAUUUCAAAUGUUCAAACUCUUAUUCGCUUAUUAAACUCUGAUAUUUUCUGGAAAAAGAACUCAAUACAUUACACGAUUUAUUUAUUAUUAAUAUUGAUAAGCUAAUGUUUAUUAUGUAAAUGUAUAUAACAACUUAUAGUAGUCUUGUUGGUACCUUAAUGUAUUUUGGUCUACAACUUCAAUUUCCAAGCUAACUAAUUUUAGCUGGUUGUAACAUACUAUUAAUUAAGAAUUUGUUAAUGAUCGAAUGAUCAAGGGUAAGUUUUUCUUUGGUUUUGCGAAAGCCACACUGAAAUGUUGUUUCUGUUGAUGUCCUUAAUUAGUGGUUUUGUGGCAUAGGAGGAAAUCUGAUGAAAAAUGGGGAGCUUGUUGCAACGAUUCAAUGAAUGGGAGAUCCAACUGCUUGUGCUUCUCAGCUUCGUGCUACAAAUAUUCCUCUUCUUUACUGGUCGCCUUCGGCAACGUGGCGCCAAGUUUCUUAGUGGCACCAUUUGGGUAGCUUACUUGGUGGCAGACUUGAUAGCAGUUUACGCCCUUGGUUUGCUGUCAGAACAAGAAGCGAACGCAGUGACAGAAAACCAGAACCUAAUAGCUUUCUUUUGGGCGCCCUUCCUACUCAUUCAUCUUGGCGGACAGGACACCAUCACUGCUUUUUCCUUGGAGGACAACAGCUUGUGGUUGAGGCAUUUGUUGAAUCUGAUAGUCCAAGUGGUCCUAGCUUUGUAUGUCUUCUGGAAGUCUACUGCUUGGCGCAAUGUGUGGCUUCUUGUUCCGGGCAUCUUCAUGUUUAUUGCUGGAAUCAUCAAGUAUGGGGAGAGGACGAUGGCUCUCAUGUACGGGAACCUACAAAACAUCAGUACUGGCUACAAUAGAGAAGAAGGUAACAAGUUCACCCAUCAAGAACUUGAUCGGGAGGAUGGCUACUCUAGCAUUGUUUGUUUUUCAUUGGAUUCAGCGCCAAUUGUUCGCCAUUUAUUUUUUGGAUUUACGCUCUUCCAGAUACCGGAAGGCUUCCGUGCAGCAACUUGGAUGAGCUAUGCUCGAUCAGAUGAAGUCCAGUUGGCCAAGCUGGUCAAGUUGGUUGAUGUUGAACUUGGUAUCAUAUCAGUGUAUAGGGCGUGCCUCGUCAUAAAAGUUAUUACCAUCAGAUUAACAGCCACAAUCACCUUUCCGGCCAACAAGUGUAGUGCCCGCCUCAUUCGCGUGUCCUGGACGCUCGACUCCAGUAAAAUUAUUGGAUGGCCGGAGGAGACGCCGUUGUGGUCAAACAACAUGGGGCAAUACAACUUUCUGAGCUAUGUGGGCUGCGAGGAGGAAAAACCGAGUAGCCCGCCGGAACGAGUGAUCAGGAAGAUGGCAAAAGCAGUUGGCAAGUUGUUUUGGUUAAGCAAGUUAUUAGACACCAAGUACGAGCAGGUGGACGACGAUAUCACGGAGAGUUUUGUGCAAGAGAUUAAAGCCAUUCUCAAAUCCCCUUUUGGAGGAUUAACUAGUGGUGGCAAGAAACAAGAGUGGCAACAUCUUGGUCGGUUCCUGCGUACUCUGGCCAGGGAGUUGUCUGACAAUUUUAGUGCUGUCAUAAUCCGUUUGUAUAUAUCAACAAUCAUGCACCUGAGUGAGGUUUCAAGUGUGGAUGUGGAGACAGUUGGCUUGGUUUGUGUCUGCCGGAAACUAUCAAAUUAUAUGAUGUACCUUCUUGUUACACACCCAGUUAUGUUGCAGGUCACUGCUACCAGUGCCGAAUCAGUGCUAGAAGGCUUCGAGUUCUUAUUGGAGGAGGCUUCCACCUUGUCGCUGCCUGAACCAUGUAAAGAAACACUGGAGGAGAUGAGAGACAUGUGGGUGAGGAUCAUCAUAUACGCCGCUGGCAAGUCGCGGCCUGAGACUCACGCCACGCAGCUUGCCAGAGGAGGGGAGUUUCUUACCUUCAUCUGGCUGCUCAUGAUCCGUUGCUCAUGGCGCACAUACAAAGAGCUCCGGGACGACGGGUUCAACUCAGCUUGA